AUGCACAACCUCAAAGACAAAGUCGCCCUCAUAAUCGGCCUCGGCCAGACCCCCGGCUCUGAGGGCUGGGGCAUCGGCGCCGCCUGCGCCGUCCUCUUCGCCCGCCAAGGCGCCCACAUCUUCGGCGGCAACCGCACCCUCGCCUCAACCACCAAAACGCGCGAAACCAUCGCCCGCGAAGGCCUCGGCACAUGCACCGUCGUCCCCACCGACGCCACUUCCUCCUCCUCCGUCCAGGCCCUCGUCGCGGCGUGCCUCGCCCAGCACGGCCGCAUCGACAUCCUCGUCGCCAACGUCGGGCGCUCCGAGCCCGGCUGCCCGGCCACCAUGGACGAGGCGACGUGGGACGCGCAGGUCGACGUGAAUCUGAAAAGCGUGUACCUCGCGUGCCAUCACGUGCUGCCGGUCAUGGCGGCGCAGCCGGGCGGCGGGGCCGUCGUGUGCGUGGCGAGCGUGGCCGGGCUGCGGUAUAUCGGCAAGCCGCAGGUGGCGUAUUCGGCGACGAAGGCGGCCGUGAUGCAGUUCGUCAAGGCGACGGCGGUGGUGUAUGCGGGGAAGGGGGUGAGGUUGAAUACGGUUGUGCCCGGGUUGAUGGAUACGCCGUAUACGGAGAGUUUGGCGGAGAGGUUUCCGAAGGAGGGCGGGGUGGAGGAGUUUAGGCGGAUGAGGGAGGGGCAGGUGCCGAUGGGGCGGAUGGGGGAUGCGUGGGAUGUGGCGAAUGCGGCGUUGUUUUUGGUGUCGGAUGAGGCGAGGUAUAUUACGGGUCAGAAGAUUGUUGUUGAUGGGGGUUUUACGUCGUCGACGGGUCGUACUUAG